UUUGGGAAUUGCAAGUGGUGAAGUUUAGAUCGGUCUAGCACCUCAAGGUUCGACUUUGUGCAGUAUUUGACCGUAAAUGGGAGUUGUGCAACUUCAGCUGCUAGCCUUUUGUCAAGUCUCAUGCUGGCAGCCUCUCUCCGAAGCUGGCCCUUCUUUUGAUGAUAUUGAAUCAUUCAAUCAUAGCGACUUGACAUUGCUUGUUGAACGCUUGAGCUUUGUCCCGUUGCUCCUUUUCGGCAUCAUUUCCAUGAGAGGGCAGCUGAAGUCAUUGCAAGCCAGAAAGAAAGACUUCUGCCACUUGUGCCCUCAAAUGCUUUUGUUUGUCAGGCUAGCCUAACAUAGUCUAACAACUCAUGGACGUAACAUACAGUCUAGCAGUUUUGUUGCAUUUUGUCCCGCAUCUGCCCCACAAGUCCUAUGGGUCGCCCAAGUGGCACAGUCGCGACCUGUGACUCCGUGACCGGAUCCGACCGGCUGUGACCGGCGAGCGGCCAAUGUUGAGAAGAGACCCGCAUCACGCACGUCUCAAAGAGACGAAGGUGGAGCUCUCAAGGCAAAGAACUCUGACGGCCUCCAAGGAUUUGCAAUUGCAGUCGGACACCGCGAAGCUACUUCAAGCUGUAAACCUUCGCCAUCGAGAGGCAGAGCUAGCAGCGGAGCUUGAGUGUGCAGGGGCACAGCAUGAUGAAGAACUGCAGGCACAGGAGCUGCAAUUGAAGGAGCAUCACCAAAGUGAGUUGGUCAGCAAGCUGAUGCAAGCGGAGGAAGACGAACGUAAAACUUUGCAUGAGCAGGCCUUGCUGGCAGAGACGGCAUCCGUUCGAUUGCUGCGCGAUCCUAUGGCCUUUGAUGCAGAGGUCAAGGAAGAGACAAGAAGCCAAGAAGAAGAGAUGAAGAUGUCCAGACUUCAGAUGGCUGCGAUUCGAGAGGAACUCCUGAGUGCUCACGAUCAUGUGCGGAGUUGGAGGCAGGAACGAGAUGGCGAAGCUGAAGCUGCAAGUGUUGCCCAUGAGGCGUACCUGGCUGAAUCCCGGGCGUCUUUGCGUCAGCAUGAGUCUUUGAGGGCAGAGGCUCGCACACGGCUGUCAGAGGUGGCCUCGUUGGAGGACUUUCAGCGAAGCUUGGAUGCAGAAACCAAAGUCCUGCAGAAUGAGCUUGGCAAGGUGGCUUACAGCAUUGGACAGCGGGACCAUGAGCUGAAGAUCAAAGACUCAGAGCUGCAAGAGGUUCGGAGCAGUCUCGUUGGCAUUCAGGAUGAAAUGGAUGAAGUCAACACUCAGCUCAAGGUCCAAUGCCAACGUGUCCAGCGGGUGGAACGGGAAGUUUCUUUAUCCAGUGAUCUGGGUGAGAAGGUGAAGAAUAUGCGCCACAUGCUGCAAGAGUCCCACAGUGGCAUUGCACAACUUUGUAACCUAAUUAAUCAAGAGAGACAGAAACAUGAUCAAUAUCUUCAAGGGCUGAAGCAGCAAAGGCUGCGAACUGAACUCCUUUUGCAGCUUCUGCAUCACUUCAAGAAUCGCACCCAGGAGCUAGCUCCCCGAUCUAUUCUCGGAGGGGGAGAUUUCAGUGGUGUAGAUGUGCCACAAGAGCCAAUGACUCCAGAUCCACGCAUGCACGGGUAGAGCAGAAAAUAGAUAUGGCUUGGACCUCCACACUCUCAGUUCACAGUAACAAAUUUGAC